GGGAAGGUUGUGGAGGAGAUGGAGAAGUUGGAGGGGGAGAUGGGGGUUGGGAAGCAGUUGAAGUGAUGACUCAACCCUCUCAGACGGAGUAGCCACUUCAGAGCACGACGUUGUACGAUCGUAUUGACAGCAAACGCAAGUAUAUCAAGAUCGUCCAUCCUUCCUCUCCACUGCUUCCCACUCCGAUCUGGAUGAGAACAAAGGUCCUUCCCGUGACGUCACCGCCCAACCCCCCCGCCCUCCGCGACCGCCCAAGCACAAACCACCAAAACCAGCAUCCCAAGAAUCUACCAACCAUGUCAGACGUCAGCGCCGUCCUCGUCGUUAUCAUCACAAUCUUUCUUCCUCCCCUCGGCGUCUUCCUCAUCUCCGGGUGUUCCGCCGAUUUCUUGAUUAACAUUUGCUUGACUGUGCUUGGCUAUCUUCCAGGGCACAUCCAUGCUUUCUAUCUCGAGUAUAAACAUUAUAAGAGGCUGGAAGAGGCGAGGGCGGGAUAUGAGCCUGCGUCAGGAGAGAGGCCUGCUGCGGUUUAUUCGGACUCGACGUUGCAGCCCGGUGCUGGGAAUGGACGUGAUGUUAGGGGGUAUGGGAGUACCGGGCAGACGACUGGUGUCGUCGGACAGCAGCCGCCUGUGUACAAGAAGUAGAGGUGGCCGAUGAACUGGAUAUAUGCCUGCGGUAGGGAGGCCUUGAACAGAUAAC